CUAUGCUUUCUCCUUAUCCUUGACGACGAUCUUGUUGCUUGGGCUCCCAGAACCAGAAAUAUUUUAUGAGAAUACGAUCUGUUAUUUUUCACUUCUCGCUGUGGAACCAGUUGACGACGGCGGACGGCUUGUCGUACACACAAUUCCUUAUCAAUAUCUAGCCCUCAACUUUCAUAUUUCAGCUAUCUUGAUACCCUAUCUUCAACUCACAUAUCUCUCUUCUUCUACCGUUCUUUCUGGUCGUCAUGGCUCCGUCUCUCGAGAAAACCAUCUACAUUGGCCCAUUUGUGCACAGCAAGAGUCUCGCUGAGCUGGAGAUCUGCACAAAGGGUGCGAUCGGCGUGGACGAGAAGGGCGUUAUAGCAUUCGUCGAACGGGACGAUGUCGAGGGCGUCAGCAAGAAGGAGGGUUGGGAGAGUGCAAAAGUGGUAGAGGUGAAGGACAACGGAUUUUUCUUCCCGGGAUUUAUAGACACCCACAUCCACGCCUCCCAAUACCCCAACGCCGGCAUCUUUGGCAAAUCCACCCUCCUCGACUGGCUCAACACCUACACCUUCCCCCUCGAAUCCUCCCUCUCCGCCCUACCCCGCGCGACCACCGUCUACACGCGCGCCGUCUCCCGCACCCUCUCCCACGGCACCACCACAGCCGCCUACUACGCCACCGUCCACGUGCCCGCCACCAACCUCCUCGCCGACAUCUGCCUCGCCAAAGGCCAGCGCGCUCUCAUCGGCCGCGUCUGCAUGAACUCCACCCUCAGCCCGGACUACUACCGCGACGCCAGCGUCGCCGCCGCCAUCGCCGCGUCCCGCGAAUGCGUCGAGUACUGCCGCCGCAUCGACCCCUCGGGCGAGCUCGUGGCGCCCAUCAUCACGCCACGCUUCGCGCCGUCGUGCACGGAAGAGUGCCUGCACGCCCUCGGCGCGCUGCAGAAAGAGACCGGCGCCUACGCCCAAACCCACAUCUCGGAGAACGCGCCCGAGAUCGCGUUGGUCAACGAGCUCUUCCCGACCCACAAGGGCUACGCGGACGUCUACGACAAAGCCGGGCUGCUGAACCCCAAGAUGAUCCUCGCGCACGCGGUGCACCUGACUGCGAAGGAGAAGGAGCUGGUGGCGGCGAGGGAUGCGAAGAUCUCGCAUUGCCCCGCUAGCAAUACCGCGCUGACGUCUGGCUGUGCGCCUGUGCGCGACCUGCUCGACCGCGGCAUCACCGUCGGCCUGGGCACGGAUGUGUCGGGGGGUUUCUCGCCGAGCAUUCUGGAGAUGGCGCGGCAGGCGAUUUGGGUCAGUCGGCAUGUGGCGAUGCAUGAGGGGGACCAUGCCAAGCUCUCGGUCGAGGAAGUGCUGUACCUCGCGACGCGGGGCGGGGCGAAGGUGGUGGGGCUGGAGGAGAAGGUGGGCGCGUUUGAGGUGGGGAUGGAGUGGGAUGCGCAGAUGGUGGCGUUGGAGAGCGUGCCCGAGGGCGGGGAGAGGCAUGAGGAUGGGUUUGUGGAGGGGGUGGAUGUGUUUGGAUGGGAGGCGUGGGAGGAUCGCGUCGCGAAAUGGUUGUUUGGGGGUGAUGAUAGAUGUACGGUUGCGGUUUGGGUGAGGGGCAGGUUGGUACACUCGACGGGGAGGUAUAGGGGGUAGAGUGAGGUCGGGAGUGCGGUGGUAUGUUAGAGUUGGAUACCUAGGUUUUGUGUUUAUGUAGGCGUUUCAUAGAUGCUAGACGCGUUGGUUUCGACUUUAUGGUGCUAAUGGGCAUAUUCUCUAGAGUAUAGCCAGUUGCAUCCAUUUCAAAUGCAAUAACUCUUAACUACCAG